CUCCUACUAGCACUGCUGCCAGUUGUGAUAUGACCGGUGUCGUCAGGUAAUCUCCGUUGGCUCACUCAAAUCUUAUUGUUUAGACUUCUUUGGGUAAUGCCGAGCAACAGCCAUGACAAUUGGCUUGACUACCUUGGCAUAGCACCGUGACAGCUGCCAGUGGGCACUGACUACGAGUUCAACUUCAUCUUUUUUGAUAGAACUCGAAGAUAUACGAGGAAAGAUCUUCGUUCCUGACACUAUUUUUUGAUGCAUUCUAUAUGGCUGCCAUAGUGCGGAGCUCCGUAUCCAGUUUCCUUGCGCUGAUAGUAUCUUACUGGCACGCCCACUCGGUGACAGAUCGCCUCACACAUCUAGUCCUUAUGACUUACGCACAGCAUAUGAGGCCCACGUGAAUAUAUAAUCUGGAUCGAUCCAAUGCGCUCACCUUGCCUUCAGAAUGCCUGGAGCAGCAAUAACUAUUGGACCAGCGGUGGUUGGAUCGAUGAUCGCUGGCUACUUAUUUGGGUGCUCGACAAUGCAAACAUACACUUACUAUAAACGUUUUCCAGGUGAUAGAAGAGUCUUCCAAAUUUUGGUGGCAGCCGUGAUGAUGCUGACAUUUGCACAUAUUAUCUGCAUCAUGUAUUGGACAUGGACUCUAACCGUCACGGGUUGCGAGAAUCCUGACGGUGUGACGAUAUUCUCCAGCUCUCGAGAUGCAAAUAUCGUCCUGACACCUCUGAUUAGCACUCUUGUUCAGAUGUUUUUUAUCUAUAGAUUGUUCAAAUUCUCAGGAAGCAAGAUGCUCGCCGCGUUUUGUGGCAUUUUCAGCAUGUUGACUCUUACUGGCACUUUGGUAGAUGCAGCCAAGGCACUAGACAUUCCCACGAACCGAACAGGAAAAAACGCACUAAAUUGGUUGACAAUCCUGACUCUCGUUGCAGCUACUGUUUGCGAUCUGGUAAUCACGAUCGGUCUGGUGUAUUUCCUGCAGCGUGAACGCAGGCGGACCAUAUUUGACCAAAUACAUAAUAUCGCUGUCCGUAUAACUCUUUGGGUAAUUGAAACUGGUCUUGCCACUAGCAUGUCUACUAUUUUGGUUAUUGUCCUCUUUUGUGCCACGAGGAACACUUUCUUGUGGACUGCUGUUUACAACGUUCUUGCUGAUGUUUAUACAAAUUCGCUUCUGGCCGCACUCAAUAGCCGUGAGACCACUUGCAGGCGGGAUACUCGUGUUAUCGAGGUUUCCACUGGUUGUGACAAAUCACUCAACCCUAUCAGCGAAAAAUCGGAGGGUGUUAAUUAGAUUGCCGGUUUUCCCUGUCUAUUUCACACCGCUCCCAAAGCUACUGUAAUGCUGUGUAGAUCCACCUUCAAUAAUGACCGACGAUGAGUCGACAGCCACGGUAGUCAUUGCUUCC